AUGAAGUGCUUCGUCCUCGCAGUUUUGGCUUUCUCGGCAGUCGCCACCGCCAAACCUUACCUAGGCGCUGGCCUUGGAGGAAUUGGCUUGGGAGGUGUCGGCCUUGGCGGACUCGGUGGAGGUAUUGGACUAGGCGGUCUAGGCACUGGCCUCGGCGUCGGUCUGGGCUCCGGUCUAGGCGCAGGUCUUGGCCUGGGAGUGGGUGAAAGCUUCGGGUCUGGCGGUGGUUACGGCCAAUCAGGCUACGCUGGUGGAAGCAAUGGUUUCGGCAACAGCGGCUACGGUGGCAGUGCAGUGAACAUGGGCCAUGACAUCGGUCACCAGGAGAGCGACUACAGCCAGGCGGUCCACAGCCACCAGUCUUCUGGUCAUGAUGUUGGAGGUGUAAUGCAGGCUGGCCAAGGAGGACACAACCUCUACGGACACAACAACUACGGAGCUGGACAAGCAGGUUACGGGCAGAACUACAACCAAGGAGGAUUCUUAGGAUAUUAA